AUGUCAAAAGCGUCGACAUUGACCAGUACAGACUACAGCACCCUUAACCUCACAGAUGAACAGACGACAGAUGUGAAGGAGUCUCGCCGUGAUACAUUUCCCCCCGACACGGGUUGGGCCUGGGUUGUGGCUGUUGCGUCCAUGAUGAAUGUGUUCUUGCUGAUGAGCUUCUAUCGAGGUUUGGGCAUAUUAGUUGUGGAGUUGAUGGAGAUAUACGAGGCACCGACGGCUAAGGUGUCGCUCAUCUUUAGCUGUAUCUCCAUAGGAUUCGCUACAUCAUCUCUUCUCUUCAUCUUUGGGAUUGGAGAUAUUUUCCACGAGAGGGCGCUGGUCGCCGCUUCCGCUUUUCUGACUUUCCUGGGAUUUUUAGUUACAUUCUUCAGCACAAGAAUUGAACACGUCUGUGUGCAGGGAGUUUGUACAGGAGCAGCAAUACAGAUCGGAAUGACAUGUGGCAUGAGCUUGGUGGGCCGGUAUUUUGAUAAACGUCUGAGUGUGGCAAACGGAAUUGUCAUGAGUGGUAGCAGUUUAGGUGUCUUGGUGUCUCCACCUGUGGUCCAAUGGUUGCUGAACGAAUAUUCCUACAGAGGAACUGCUUUGAUUUGCGCCGGCUUGACCCUGAAUUCACUGGCGUGUUCUUCUUUAAUGAUGCCAGUCCCUAGAAUAGUGAAAUCAGAAAUCGUUCCGGUACAACAAGACAGUUCACGUAUCAUGUCGGCGACUGGAUGUUCUGAGAGCCAAGAUCAGAGUGCAGAGAAUAAUCCAACAAAAUAUAUCAUUGUCCCAGAAGUUCCACCUCGUUUGGGUGCGGACAAAAAUACCGCCAUCAAAGAUUUUUCAAACGUCACGUAUUUUGUCCCCGAACCUGACAUGGAAGUAGUUGAUAUUUCAUCAACAGCUAACACAGCAGAUGAUCGACGAUCUGCACGUUGUUUCGAAACUGUGAGGCUAGCAAUAAAACAAUUCUCCUGA